AGCUGGGUCACGUGUCUCCCAUUCAAGUUCUAUAUCCGGCAAGUAGCCGGCGGUCAAACUGGCAAACUACAGCCACUAUGGCAGCCGGGUCGCACUAGCAGCAUGACGCCACAAGAGAAGUUGGUGCUGGCGCUAGUCCUAACCCUGACCAGCAAUGCCGUCCUGCUCCUGAUUUUGUUAUGGAACUCGACGUGCGUGCAGACGGACACGGCAGGGAUGUUUCUGUGCAGGCCGACGACGGCCCGCGGGGAGAUAAUGAGUCAAGGUGUGCUAGAGAGACCAGGUUACCUGACCGUGCCGGUUGGUGCCGGCAGACCGGACGAUGACCAGCAAGUCCUGCUGUCACUGCUGAGACUGAAGCUGUCGGACAGCCUGCACGCAGGCAGGGACGUGUACAGCACCAUAAACUCGUUGCUCAAGUCUGGCGUUGUGGGGAGGGCAACACCACCCAACACAGACAUUCACAACGUUGGUUUACAUGGAGCAAGGGACGUCACACAUGGAGCUGGAUAUAGAAGGGAAGUAAUUCAUACAGAGUUGGCUGAUAGACAAACAAGUGAUGUAAACACAGGAAAUACAACUAGGCGGACGGAGGAUGGUAAUGGCCACCUAGUCGACACAAUGAAUGGCCAGACUAUCGACACAAUGAGUGGCCACACUAUCAGCACUAGGGAUGGCCACCGUGUCGGUACAAUAGAUGGCCUCCGUGUCAGUCCUAUAGAUGGCCAGCCUCUACACACAGAAGAUGAGCAGACCAUCAACAGAACCAAACGACAGGCCGCACGUAACAAGACGAGUACCCAGACAAAAGUUCACGAAAUUUUUUCCUCACUAACGGAGGAGGAAGUGGACAAGUUCCAGAGUCCGGUGUCCGACACGCUCAUCCCAGCACUCAUACAGUUCGAGGUCAUGAUCAUCAGGGACAUUGAGCGUAUCCACGAGACGCUGGUAGCCCAGGACCUACGGCUUGAGAACCUCGAGAAGGUCAUGCUACACAACGCUGAGGAGAGCCAGGCCGAGCCGCAGUCCGACUCCAUCGACAACAAGUCCAGCAUCGACAACAUCAGGCACGUCCUAGAGGAGGGCUUCGUGCCACAGGCCAACGUCUCGGGCAUUAUAGAGAUGCAACUACUGGAGCCUGGCUCUAGUGGGGAUGGUGAGGUGGGGUCAAGCCGAGCCAGGGGAACAACAACCAGAAAACCCGUCGUCACCCCAUGGAAGGUUCCAGAAUACUACGAUCUUUUUAGGCAGUUGACUUCUAUGGAGCAAAAGGUGAUGGCGCUAGAGAACUACAACAUCAUGAGCGACUCGGAGUUGACCCGUGUUAGGUCAGAGGUCAUCAAAAUGGACGAUAAGGUGACGGAGCUAGACCGCAAAAGCCGGAACAUCCAAAUGCGCAUGACUAUGCAGGCGUUUAAAAUCAACGAGUUAGAAGCCUUCAAGGGGAAAACAGAUUUGUCGCUUCAAAAUUCUCUAGACUCGUAUGGUCGGAUCAACUCUAGACUAGAGGCCUUCAAGGAUCGACUGGUUGAAAUGAAGAACGACCUACGGGCUGUGGUCGCUCAGUACAAAAACCACGACCAGAUCACCAACGAGCUGAGAUCGGCGGACUCUUAUAAGGCUCAUGACAUUCAGGAGAUGAGGAAGACGGUGUUUGCCAUAGAAGGUCGUCUUCAGGGCAUCUACAGGGUGGUGGACCAAAACGUUGACAUGGUCAGAGUUGACCUCAAGGCUUUUAUGGAACGGAUUUGUAAAAACAAUAAGCUGGCGUGCUGAUUCACACGUUGUCGGGCUCUUUUUA